AUGGUCGCAGUGUCCAUGGCCGAUGGCUGGGCUCGCGCAACAGGGAAUCCCCAAUGUGUCAUCGUCCACGUCGACGUCGGUACUCAAGCCAUCGGACAAGCCAUGCACAAUGCCAACACAGGAAGAGUCCCUGUGUUGAUAUUUGCCGGAUUAUGUCCUUACACCGAAGAAGGUUUCGUCGGAUCUCGAACAGAAUACCAGCACUGGCUCCAGGAUGCCCCUGACCAGAAGGCCAUUGUUGGUGGGUACUGUCGAUUUACUGGAGAUUUUCGGACCGCCCGUACUGUGAAGCAAACUGUCUUUCGCGCACUGCAGAUCGCGUCUAGUGAUCCCAAAGGUCCGGCGUAUAUCACCGGCGCGAGAGAGGUUCUUGCUGAGAAAAUCGAGCAACCGUUUACAGUUCAGAAGAAAAGGCAUAGUGCAAUUGGACCAGCAGCCUUGCCACAAGAUGCGGUUGAGAAUAUUGUUGAAGCAUUAGUUCACGCGAAUAACCCUCUCAUCAUUACUGGAUAUUCUGGAAGAAAUCAUGCUUGUCCAGAACAGCUUGUUAAGCUUGCGGAAGCCAUCCCAGGUCUUUGUGUCUUGGAUACUGACUGCGAUGUCCCGUGGAUUCCGUCUCGAAAUCCUCCCCGGGAGGAUGCAAAGAUUUACUACGUCGAUGUUGAUCCUUUGAACUCCUCGAUUGGAUUCUCGUUUUUUACAGCCGACGGAAGAUGGAAAGCAGAUAGCUACACAGCGCUCACUCAGCUAACAAACUAUCUCUCUUUAACUCCGAGAUUGCAGGAAAUAUUAUCUACGGAAACAUAUAAACGUAGGUGGGAAUACUUACAGAAAGCCUAUUCCGCGAAGAAAGACGCUCUAGCUAGACUUGCCACCCCUCCAUCGGAUGGAGCUCUGGAUAUCCACCAUGUCGGCUCAGCCAUAAAAACCGCAGUACCCGAGGAAACAGUUUUCGUCGUUGAAGCAGCGACCUGUGCGAUGGAUCUCUCCGACCAGCUUCAGGUAACAAUGCCAGGAAGUUGGAUCAACUCUGGGGGUGCUGGACUUGGAUGGAGCGGAGAAGCAGCCCUUGGAGUUAAGUUAGCUCACGACGCUGCAGGUCAUAACCCACCAAGCUUCAUCUGUCAAGUCGUUGGCGAUGGUUGCUUCCUCUUCAGUGUUCCAAGUAGUGUGUAUUGGAUUGCUUCACGAUAUGGCAUUCCCAUUUUGACAGUGGUGCUUAAUAACCGAGGCUGGAACGCGCCACGUCGCUCGCAUGAGCUUGUGCAUCCAAAUAGCUUGGGUGCCGCAGCUACAAACAGAGAUAUGCAUAUCUCACUUGAUCCAGCGCCAGAUUACGGUGGAAUUGCCAAAGCUGUAGCGGGAAGUUCAUUUGGGAAGACUGGAGAGGAGCUUUUUGUAGGACGAGCGAGAAAGGCGGAUGAACUGAAGAGCUUAUUGGAGCAAGCUGUCAAGGCAGUGAAAAGUGGAAGAGGUGCUCUCGUCGAAGUCGUACUGAAUGUCGAUGAAAAAGUGAAUAUCAUGGGUUACUUGACCAUGAACACCCAAGUGGCUGAGGACAAUGGUAUCAACUGCUCAUGCGGUAGGUGGCCAUCCUUCGGCUCCCUGAACGGCGAAGAUUAG